CUCACCCUUAGAUUAUAGCUUCUCUCUCUCUCUCUGUCUCUCUCCCUGAAAUCUCUGUACCUAUUAAUAAUUCAUGUAUUUCAUAAAUUAUAUUUCAUUAUAGUUUUUACCCUUUACAGACUUCUCAGAUUUUGCCUUCUUCUUCUUCUUAUUCCUGCUCGGUUGCACAUCUAGGAAAUGUCACCGAGCAUAAGAGACUUACAGCUGACCCAGGUCGCCCGGCAAUCACGGCCCUCGAUCGAUGAUGACAAUGAUGAUGGGUACUUGGAGGAUGUCAGGCUUCUUGAUUCUUAUGAUCAUUAUGAUGAUCAUAGAAUUGUUAUUGGUGAAGAAGAAGAAGAAGGACAAGUUGAACAAGGUAUGAGGAGAAUUCAGGUGAGAGUGGGUGGAAUGACCUGUGCUGCUUGUUCCAAUUCUGUUGAAUCUGCUCUCGGUUGCGUUAAUGGUGUUUUACGAGCUUCUGUUGCUUUGUUGCAAAAUAAGGCAGAUGUUGUCUUUGAUCCUUCUUUGGUCAAGGACGAUGACAUCAAGAAUGCAAUUGAAGACGCCGGCUUUGAAGCAGAGAUUCUGGCUGAACCGAGUACAUUAGAAGCAAAGCCUAGUAAAACUCUUUUAGGGCAGUUCACAAUAGGUGGGAUGACAUGUGCUGCUUGUGUAAACUCAGUUGAAGGUAUUUUGAGAGAUCUUCCUGGUGUAAAAAGGGCAGUAGUGGCCUUGGCUACUUCUUUAGGAGAAGUUGAAUAUGACCCUACUGUAAUCAGUAAAGAUGAUAUAGUAAAUGCAAUUGAAGAUGCUGGCUUUGAAGGUUCACUUGUACAAAGCAAUCAGCAGGAUAAAAUCAUACUAAGAGUUGUUGGGAUAUUCAGCGAGAUGGAUGCACAGCUUUUAGAAGGAAUACUUAGCACGUUAAAGGGGGUCCGCCAAUUUCGAUACAACAGGAUGUCCAGUGAGCUAGAAGUUGAAUUUGAUACUGAAGUGAUUGGUUCUAGGUUGUUGGUUGAUGGGAUUGAGGGAGCAAGCAAUGGGAAGUUUAAACUACGUGUUAUGAACCCUUAUGCAAGAAUGACUUCUAAGGAUGUUGAAGAAUCCUCAACUAUGUUUCGGCUUUUCAUUUCCAGUCUGUUUCUCAGUAUUCCUGUCUUUUUCAUACGAGUUAUAUGCCCUCGCAUUCCUCUUCUGUAUUCCUUACUUCUUUGGCGAUGUGGUCCCUUCCUUAUGGGUGAUUGGUUGAAGUGGGCAUUAGUGAGUGUGGUUCAAUUUGUAAUUGGAAAGCGUUUCUAUGUAGCAGCGGGCAGAGCUCUUCGAAAUGGUUCAACCAACAUGGAUGUUUUAGUUGCACUUGGGACUUCAGCCUCAUAUUUUUACUCGGUUUGUGCACUAUUAUAUGGUGCAGCAACUGGAUUCUGGUCUCCAACAUACUUUGAAACAAGUUCCAUGCUGAUAACAUUUGUACUGUUAGGGAAGUAUUUGGAGUGUCUUGCAAAAGGGAAAACAUCUGAUGCCAUAAAGAAGUUAGUAGAACUUGCACCAGCUACGGCACUGCUGGUUGUCAAAGAUAAGGGUGGAAAGUGCACUGCAGAAAGAGAAAUAGAUGCCUUACUAAUUCAGCCUGGUGACACAUUAAAAGUCCUUCCUGGUGCCAAAGUUCCUGCUGAUGGUGUGGUUGUAUGGGGUUCAAGUUAUGUUAAUGAAAGUAUGGUUACUGGUGAAUCUGCACCUGUUUUAAAGGAGGCUAAUUCAUUGGUUAUUGGAGGUACAGUGAAUUUGCAUGGUGCUCUUCAAAUACAAGCUACCAAAGUAGGAUCUGACGCAGUUUUGAGCCAGAUAAUUAGUUUGGUUGAGACAGCACAAAUGUCCAAAGCCCCUAUCCAGAAAUUUGCGGAUUUUGUUGCAAGUAUUUUUGUUCCUACAGUUGUUGCUAUGGCUUUGUUAACAUUAUUGGGUUGGUAUAUUGGUGGAACUAUGGGAGCUUACCCAGAUGAAUGGCUUCCAAAAAAUGGCAAUCACUUUGUUUUUGCUCUCAUGUUUUCAAUUUCUGUGGUGGUAAUUGCAUGUCCAUGUGCUCUUGGCUUAGCAACUCCAACUGCUGUCAUGGUUGCAACUGGGGUUGGGGCUAACAAUGGUGUACUGAUAAAAGGAGGAGAUGCUUUGGAAAAGGCUCACAAUAUAAAGUAUGUUAUAUUUGAUAAGACAGGAACUCUAACCCAGGGAAAAGCCACGGUUACUACUGCAAAAGUUUUCACUGGAAUGGAGCGUGGAGAAUUUCUCAGAUGGGUUGCUUCUGCAGAGGCUAGCAGUGAACAUCCAUUGGCAAAAGCUAUAGUGGAAUAUGCUCGCCAUUUUCAUUUCUUUGAUGAACCUUCUGCAACCGAGCAUGGCCAAGACAACAGCAUGGAGUCAAUAAACUCUGGGUGGCUUCUUGAUGUCUUCGAGUUCUCUGCUCUUCCAGGAAGAGGUGUUAGAUGCUUUAUAAAUGGAAAGCAAGUUUUGGUUGGUAACCGGAAGCUGAUGAAUGAAAGUGGAAUUGCCAUUCCCACGGUUGUAGAAAGUUUUGUUGUGGAAAUUGAAGAAAGUGCAAAAACAGGUAUACUUGUUGCAUUUGAUGACAGCUUGAUUGGUGUCCUGGGGGUUGCAGAUCCUUUGAAGAGAGAAGCUGCCGUAGUUGUAGAAGGCCUUCAAAAAAUGGGUGUCAAACCAGUCAUGGUAACAGGAGACAAUUGGAGAACAGCUCAUGCUGUUGCUAAAGAGGUUGGGAUACAAGAUGUGAGGGCUGAAGUAAUGCCAGCAGGGAAAGCUGAUGUGGUCGGCACUUUCCAAAAGGAUGGAAGUGUAGUUGCAAUGGUAGGUGAUGGUAUCAAUGACUCCCCUGCACUAGCAGCUGCUGAUGUUGGUAUGGCGAUUGGGGCGGGGACAGACAUCGCUAUAGAAGCUGCCGACUACGUGCUGAUGAGAAAUAACCUAGAGGAUGUAAUCACAGCCAUUGAUCUCUCGAGGAAAACUCUCUCUCGUAUUCGGUGGAAUUACAUCUUUGCGAUGGCGUACAAUGUGGUAGCAAUACCUAUUGCUGCUGGGGUUUUCUAUCCUUCACUAGGGAUCAAGCUACCACCAUGGGCAGCCGGGGCUUGCAUGGCUCUUUCAUCUGUGAGUGUUGUAUGUUCAUCUUUGCUUCUUAGAACAUAUAGAAAACCUAGACUUACCACUAUAUUAGAAAUAACUGUAGAGUAGAAAGAGAAAAGGUAAAAAUUGGAAAAGAAAAAGCAAAGAAAUAAGAACUCUUGGGUUCAGAGUUCUGUAGGAAAUGGGAAUGGGGAAAAUCCCAGUUUUGUAUAUUUUGAUUUGUUUCUCUUGCGGCUUAUAUGAAUGGGGAUGUGUGUAAUUGUCUCACUCCAUUCAUUGUAAAUGGCACUUUCUGUAUAAUAUUCUCAGUGUUGUGCUUUUCCACGUUAAUUAAAAAGGGCAUUUGCUUCUUUCUCUGAA